AUGCCCUCAGCGGCUCGAUUCAUACCAAGUUACAACCAGCGAUUCUGUCUGCGGGACACAAAGAUCAAGAUCAUCGAGUAUUUGCACGAGACGAGAUAUAGUGGCCACCUGGCACAUUGCCUGUCCCAGGCGUGAAGCAAUACGUAGUCGGCACCGAGCGCGACCUAUGAACGCUAGCGCUUGUAUGCAAGCGACUCGGCCAACAACGAGAAUUGCUAUCACGAAGUCAUUGACGCCUCAGCACCAAGCUGCCACUAUAUCGAUGCCGACUUUACGCCCCCUUCCAUUGACAAUUCAGCAGAAAAGGCAUUGAUUACGCGUAAUGCAGCGUCGUAUUUCCCUGGCCCUCAGCUAGAACACCGUGGUCAGCUAGCAAGCUCGGACACCUUGCGAUCUUGCGUCUGCAGGUCAGAAGUGGUGAACUACCUUGUUCCCUGCUUCUGUUUUAUAUCUAUUGUUCCAGCGCCAACGGAUAAUCUCGGCUCUCCUUCUCACCGUGGGCACGCCGUUUGAAGAACCCUACGCGAAGCGUGUUAUUACGGACAUUCUCGACAAGGUUCUGCUGUCACUUCGCCGGCGUCUCGGGGGGUCCGAAGGGGUAGUCGAAGAAAUUUGGGUGCUUUGCUGUUGGUCACCCCCCAAGCUCUGGGACGAGCUUAACUGCAGUUUGACAUUAGGUAGGAUGAGUGAGUGCUUUAUUUGAACAUCCAUUAUUUGCCUGAAUCUACGGAGUAAAAUCUGAAACGUUUAGCGCGGGUAAAUCGAUUUGCUUUGCGAUUUGCUUUGCGAUUUGCUUUGCGAUCAAAAAUGCGUCGCAUAAUUGAUCAACGGACGGACAGUCAAGCUAGUCGAGAUGCGUGGAAACUUGUUGAAUACCUCUUGCCACACACAGGUCGAUAUCACCUCAACGACUACAAAAAGUUUGGCAAUCUACCUCAACGCGCGAUAGGCGCACCAACAAUAUACUGAACAACAGAAAUGUAGUCGGAUUCGGAAUCAAAAUGUUGCAGCUCCCAAAUCAGAAUCAGAACCAGAAGCAGAACCAGAAGCAGAAUCAGAAGCAGAAUCAGAUCCAGUGUCUUGGUCUUCUGGCUCCGUUUCCGACUGCUCGCUCAUCAAAGUACUCUCGGCAGGAGUGCGGUCAAAAAAGACCUGGCCGAUAUCCUCUUUGA